AUGAAGAACCAGAGCACCAUGGUGGUGGAAUUCAUCAUCUUGGGCCUGUCCAACAGCCACCGUUUAAACAUCGCCCUGUUUGUGGUUCUAUUAGUUAUCUUCCUGUUGACCAUAAUGGGUAACAUCACUGUUGUCAGCCUCUCUCUGAUGGACCAUCGCCUCCAGUCGCCCAUGUAUUAUUUCCUGAGGAACUUCUCUUUUUUGGAAAUCUGUUUCACCUCUGUCAUCAUGCCCAGGUUCCUCUACAGCCUCCUCACAGAGAGAAAAUUUAUUUCCCUCCCUGGUUUUUUUCUUCAGUUGUUGUUGUUCUUUGUCCUGGGCACCUGUGUAUUUUUCCAUGUGGCUAUCAUGUCCUUUGACUGCUACAUGGCUAUCUGCCGUCCCUUGCGUUACGGCACCAUCAUGAAUGGCAGGGUCUGCUUCCAGUUAGUGCUGGGCUGCUGGGUGAUGAGUUUUCUCUUAAUAUUUCCUCCAACAUUUAUGGUUGUGCUGUUACCGUUCUGUGGCCCCAAUGUCAUAAACCACUUCUACUGUGACACGGCCCCGUUGCUCCAACUCUCCUGGGUAGACACGGGACACAUUGAGGUAAUGAUCUUGGUUUCAGCAACAGUUAUCUUACUUGGUACUUUAACAGUCACUAUUGUUUCCUAUGGCUGUAUCAUCUCCACUAUCAUGGGCAUCCCGUCCACCACAGGAAGGAAAAAAGCCUUUUCCACUUGCUCCGCUCACCUGAUGGUGGUUGUGAUAUUGUACAGUAGCACCAUCUUCAGGUACAUCCGACCAGGACAGCGGGGAGCGAGGGACUUUGACAAAGUUGUGUCUUUUCUGUACUGUGCGGUGGCUCAACUCUUUAACCCCUACAUCUAUGCUCUCCGCAACGAGCAAGUCAAACAGGCUCUGAAGGGCGUCUGUGGCAGAGCAUUUUCUAAAUCUGUGAGAUUCUCAUGA